AUGAGUGGAGGGAUGGAUGGAUUGGAUCGCGCCCGUUAUCAUCGUGUACUGUCGCCUGUAGCUUUUAUCUCUUUCUUGCUGGUAAUUAAUUUUCCUGGCAACUUCCGGGGUCCCCCUUUUUUCUUUUUUUUAUGCUGGUGGGUUUUGGAGUAUCUGGGGAUUUCCUUCUUUCCCUUGAGCAAUCCUGCAGAGGUUGCUUUGUUGGUUGGUGAGAUUAGUGUAUUUAUGAGUCAUUCAAUCAUCCACCAGUCCUAUUUGGCUCGUUAUCGGCGGUCACGCUCUCUUGUCUCGUUGCGCUGCGCUGCUCGCCCAGACAUCGUCAAGGAUCCCUGGGUCCAGCUGCUUCCCGCCUUUCCUACUCUCUCUUCCCCCAUCACAUCAUUCAGCUUCCUUUCCCACUCACUCAUCUUCUCUCUCGACUAUCUUUGCUCUGAUCUUCUUCUACUUCUUCUACUUCCUCCUCCUAUAUCUUCUUGCUCCAUCACUUUCCACCUAACCCUCACCUCGCACGCCAUCUCUGGCUUAUCUAUCACGCCUCCCCACCGUUCUCGUCCCUAG